AGAUUGUUCUUAUAACAUCAAGAUCAAGUAGGCACUCCUUUUCUCUUUCUCUCCUGCUCUGUAUCUCCAACACACACAAGGCAAAUAAAAGCUCUGCCAUGAAUGCAACACAGUUUCCCGUCCAUGCGGGGAACCAGCAGAUAACUGGAUCCAACAGCUCCAGCAGCUCGUGUCGAGAUGAGGUGGAGAGAGGAAUACAGAUCACAGUAACUGUUAUCAUCUUCGUGGUGGGCAUACCUCUGAACCUGCUCGUGGUCUGGGCUCUCGGGAUGCGGGGUCAGCGUCACCUGGUCCGCAGAGGCAGCAACGGGGAGACGCGCGCAGCCAGCAGCUUCCGAAUCUACGUGCUGAACCUGGCCUUUGCCGACCUGGUGCUGCUCCUGCGUACCCCCCUCAUGUUAGGCUAUCUGGCCCACAACUGCAGCUGGCCUUUCAGCCGCGGUUUCUGCCAGCUGGUCAUGUUCCUGCGAGGCCUGGGCUUAUACGCCUCCGCUUUCCUCCUGUGUGCUGUGGCGCUGGAGCGAUGCCUGUGUCUGCUGAGGCCUGUGUGGGCUCGACUGCGCCGUCCUUACUGGGCCGUUCCUCUGGCCUGUACCAUCAUAUGGCUGAUAGCUAUUGCCUUGUCUGUCCCGUACUUCUACAGUGCUGACUUGCUGGAAUGGAAUGGGUCUCAUCACUGCUUGGAAAGCAUCAAGUUUGACAUGGCAUUGUUUGUCACAGAAAGUGUAGCCGGGUUCAUCCUGCCCUUGUUGGUGUUUUUGGGAAGUAACAUGGCUGUUUUACUCACUCUGCAGCAGUCAAUGCCGCAAACACCAACUUCCUCAACCCCUUCAACUGCCCGCAGAAUGACCAGGAUGUACCAUGUGAUGUUUUCCACCAUGCUCCUCUUCCUCACUUGCUGGGUGCCAUAUUUUGUCUGCCGGUUCGUGCUUGCCUUGUCUGAAGGCCGUCCUGCGCAGCUUAAUGCAGCACGUCGUGGCGCAUACAUUGCCCUGUUCCUGGUGUACGUGAAGUGUGCUCUCAACCCGGUGCUGUACGUGUUCGCUGCCCGGGGCUUGAGCCAUGCCAUCAAAGCUUCUCUGAUCUCCACCAUUGAACGACUUUUCAAUGAUGACUCCACAGAGUCCAUACGACGAAAGUCGAUCAAGAACUCACUUAAAAAUUCACAGAUAUAAGCGAGAGAUUGACACUUCCACAUGUUAUCACUCAUAUCUAAGCUUUAAUGUGACUCAGAACACAUCACCCUGAAUGUCACAAGACGGCUACACAGGGAGGAAAAGAUUGCAAAAAGAAACUCCAGCGAAAGUUGCCUAACUUAAUGUAACACAUUUGCCUUUUCUUUUGCUGAGUCCUAAUUAAGAAGGACAAAUGCCAACACAAAACCACCUGCUAUAUACUACCUACAAAGUUAGUAUGCAGUACGUACUUCAUACUACAUACUGUGUUUGAAGGUAGUAUGGAGUAUGGCUGUUUUUGAAACUGCCUACUAUACUACAAGUGAUGAGUGGUGAGUACUGAUGUGGCCAAAAUUCAGUAUGUAGUAUGUGAACAAGAGCAGAAUCUGCAGUAUGCCAAAACUACCCGGAUGUCGGACUGAUUCAGGAAAGUGUCUCAGUCUGCAGCGGACCAGUCUCCCUCUAGUACUGUUUCCCAAAAUGCACAACGCUAACAUUCUCCUUCUUUUAUUCCAUAAUAUAGGACGGGGGCCCUCCGUUUUUAGGUGCUGGGAAAAUCAUUAAAUUCCAUAUAAACACUUCUUAACUUUUUAAAUCAUAAGUGAUGUUAAAGAAGCAGUUUCUCUAUCAGCUGGGUCGUUGUUUACUUCCACUUUCUGAAACUGGUAAUCCAGCGACUCCUAACUCGGCAUCCUGCAGACAAGAUCCAAAAGAACAGUCGUACUAGUACAUACUACCUUCAAACCAAGCAGCAACUUCCGGUCUAAAAAUGAUUUUUUUCUAACGCGGCAAUUUCAAAGAUAUUGAGAUUACUAGUCUUCCAAUGAGAGGCACAGCUGACUGCGGGAACGCUGCAGCUGUUGGCUAGGAGGCUCAAACUCCGCCUCUUUACGUCACACUGGCUCGACAGAAGCAAUAUGGCUCCCGCCGACGAUUGGUCUCAAAACAGCGCUUCAGAAACAAAUGGGUGACGUCACGGAUACUACGUCCAUAUUUUAUACAGGCUAUGCUUCAAACGCAGUACGUACUGCAUACGACGUUUGAAGUUAGUAUGUAGCUGGCGUAUUCAAAAACAGCCAGAUACUGAGAAAUGUUCAGAAUCAGUGCUACAUCCGGUAGUUUUGGCAUACUGCAGAUUUUGCUCUUGUUCACAUACCGCAUACUGUCUUUUAGCCAAAUCAAUACGCACUGCUAGUAUAGGAGGCAGUUUGGAAAGCAGCCUUUUUGCAUAAUUGUAAAAAUGACAAUUAGAUUCUUAGUUUCUUGUAUAUAUGUGAAUACAGGUACCUUUCUCUGCUUCCCCGAAUGUCAAUUCUCUUACAGGAGAUCCCUGGUUGGCUUGAAAAAGUGUCAUUAAAGACUGUUUAAGGAGCUGAAAGUGCGUUAGAAAAACACAACUGUGAUCUGAAACAAGGAAUAUUAAAGCACAGCAAUGAGAACAGAAACAUCUCAACAAACACAGCAGCAGCUGUGUUUCUUUUACAAGCAGUCAAGAACAACAAGAUGCAUGGACGCAGGUGUCAUCGGUAGGAGUAGAUGACUGUGGAGUCCAAAAAUGCUGCGACUGUUGCGGCACGCUUAAGGCAGGGUAAUAAAAAUUAAUUCAUGAAUCAUCUUGUCGACAUACGAGUGGGCAGGAGGAAACACCUUAAUGAGAGAGAGAGACAAUACGCCAAAGUCAACACAGUGUCAUUCCCUGGCCGAAGGGCAACUGUUGUGCUGAUAUCUUCUUUAAUAAGCAUCGUUAAGCUUUCAUGUGCUGUCUCACUAAGGAGCUGUGAUAGUUAGAUCUAUAUAAACCGUGACUCAGGACUUAAACAGGUCUGGAUUAUAAGUAAACUGUGCUGAACCUAUGAAUGUAUGUGUGUCUCUGAGAGGACUGAAGCAACAACAUCCUGAACAGGAAGUACAAAUGUUGCAAAAUCAUUAUAUAAUACUGAAUGUACGGUGCUUUAAUAUUGCAUGUUGUUUAUGAAAGUACAUCUUUCAUUUGUUGUUGACGACCAAAGGGAUGAAACCGUAACCAAGAUUAGCACUUUACAUUUAUUUCGCCUGCAUUAAAACAUAAAUAAAAAUUCUCAACUCUUCAAA